AUUAGCUUCCUCUUCCCAUCACCACCAUCCACUCAAUCACACGUCCUUACCCUCCUUGGCUGGCGCUGUGAUUCUAUGGAGUGGAGUUUUAUUCGGUUCAAGGCUGAGGCAGGCGUGGGGCCAACUUGGUCAGUGUGGAGGUGGUCAAGCUCUGUGUGCAAAAGUUGAAAUACGUUCCAGGAAGAGAGUCAAGAAAUGCUCAGGGCCAACAGCAGGAAGAAUACCAAUUAGCUGAGAUCAGCUGCUGUGCCUACGCCCUCUGGACAGCCUGGAUUCCUUUGGAGGGUUCCUGAUGCACACAUAGCAAUGUGUGGCCUUGUGGCUCCCCUGCUCAUUCUCCUGGUUGGUGGGACUGAAGCCUUUCGUAUCUGUGCCUUCAAUGCCCACAGACUGACACUGGCCAAGGUAACCAAGGACUCAGUGAUGGAUACCUUAGUUCAGAUCCUAGCCCGAUGUGAUAUCAUGGUGCUUCAGGAGGUAGUAGAUUCUUCCCAGAAUACUGUCCCCUUUCUGCUUCAGAAACUUAAAAGUAUAUUUGACAGUUCCAGGAGUUACACUUUCCUAAACAGUUCAUUGUUGGGGCGCAGCACAUACAAGGAAAAGUAUGUGUAUAUCUACAGGUCUGACAAGACAAAGAUCCUAAAUUUCUACCAGUACAACGACACAGAUGACAUUUUUGCCCGAGAACCAUUUGUGGCCCAGUUUACUCUCCCUAGCAAAGUUCUUCCAAGUGUGGUGCUGGUUCCUCUCCACACCACUCCCAAGGAUGUAGAGAAGGAGCUGAAUGCCCUAUAUCAUGUGUUUCUGGAUGUCUCCCAGCGCUGGCAGAAUGAGAAUGUGAUUCUGCUUGGAGACUUCAAUGCAGACUGUGCAUCACUGAGUAAAAAACGUCUGAACAGCCUGCUACUCCGGACUAAUGCAGGCUUCCACUGGGUGAUUCCUGAUGGGGAGGACACUACAGUGCGGGCCAGUACUAACUGUACUUACGACCGAAUUGUGAUGCAUGGGCAGGGUUGCCAGAGGCUGCUGAAGGCUGCAGCUACCUUUGACUUCCCCAAGAGGUUUCAGCUGACUGAAGAAGAGGCCCUCCGCAUCAGUGACCAUUAUCCUGUGGAAGUGGAACUGAGCCAGGCCACUCAGGGUAUCCCACCCCAGUGUUUGGCCAUUUUACUGCUGUCACUUCUGCAGUCUCAGCUGGACUAGAUAGCCAUUGACUUGACUAGGACACUGGUCUCCUGAAAAAAGUCAACAGCUUUUUAUUUAGGGUUUCUGCUGCUUGCUAGUCUGAGAAAGCCAGCGCUGGGAGCAUAAUUUAGCGGAGUACCCUAGGCUUGAAUCUUAUUGGGUAGACAGGACUUCACCAGAAGUAGUUAGGAACAAAGACAAAGGAGAAGGAGUAGGAAUGAAUGAGUUCAUCCUGGAAAAAAAAAAACUUGCUUCUCCAUACACUAUACUUCAUGGCUCUGCCAAUGAUAACAGAUUUAAAAUAUUCAAUAAAAUCACCAAUUUUAACCUUU